GCACGUUUCUCGGGAGCAAGCCCAGGCGGGUGUAGCUGUCCUACACGCUCCGUCAGCAGGCGUUUUAUCGGACGCUGUGUGCCGGCUGUGGCUUCAACUCCGGCGCUGAGGGAGAGGAGAGAGAGAAGACGGCUGAUUUUUGGAGUUGAAAUUUGAUUAUUCUCGUCUUGGUCUCAUUUUUUUUCUUUUUCUUUUUUUUUUUUUUUGGUGCCCGUUCAACUUAAGUACCCGCGCUGCGCGUCCGUCCACUGCAGAUAAUGUGCGAAAACGUGAAUUAAUGUCAGCGGCUCAGUGUUGGGACGAGUUUCUGUAGCCUGACGUCGAGGAAGAAGAGGGGGGAGAAGAAAAGAGAGAGAGAGAGAGAAAAAAUAUGUCAGUGAGUCAACAGCUGGAGUGGAAAACACACGACGGAUCUCGGUCAGCGUCCAGUCUCUCUUCAUAGCUGACGGAUGGGCUUUCUUCAUUCGCCCAUUCAUUCAGGAAACUCGAGCGGAGAGAAUAAAAUCCGCCUCAGAUUUGGGCACUGCUGCUGCUGCUGCUGCUGCUGCUGCUGCUGUGAGGAAGGAGGAAGAAAUCCAGCGAUGGAGUCCUCCCACGCAGACCUUCGCGGUUAAUGGUUUAACGGAUUGACAAGGGAAAGGGGGGCUGUUUUGGAGAAGCAGCAGAAGUUAAGAGGGAAAGGAAAGGAAAGGAAAGGAAAGGAAAGGAAAGGAAAGGAAAGGAAAGACGAAGAGGAGACUGGUGGCGGCUCUAACGCAGCUCGCUCUGCCUAACCCCGGGACUCGCGCACGGAAGGAGGGGACGGAGAGGCGGAAUGUGGCAUCGCCGUUUCCCUCCACUCUGACUGGGUGAGGGCAGUGUCGGGUAGUCGGGGACAACCGGUGGUCGUCAAAACCCCCCCUGGUGUGUAUGUGUGUGUGCGCGCGAGGGUGGUGUUGGUGAGAACCGGUUUUUUGAUGCGCGAGAAAGUGACGUGCCGCCCUCCCACCUUCCCGCCCUUUGCCACGAGCCUCUUGUCAACUCCACGGACGAGGCAGCCAAGUUCAUUCCUCGCACCCUACUUAUGAGCACCACCACAUUUUAACCCCCCUUUUUUUCUAUUUAUUAAUUUUUUUAUUAGUGGUAAUUAUCCCGAGUGCCUGUCGGUCUGUCUGACUGUUGAACCCCUCACAUCGACUCUCCAAGUCUCGCGGGAUAUAAAGGAAAUAAAAGGGUGAAUCUAAAAAGAGAAGGAGGAGAGAGGGGGGAGGAAAGAAAAGAAGAUUAAGACAAACAGGAGCCGCCUUUAUGAAGAUGCUGAUGUGUGACCGCGGCGUCCAGAUGCUCGUGACGACGGUGGGCGCGUUCGCCGCCUUCAGCCUCAUGACCAUCGCCGUCGGCACAGACUACUGGCUGUACUCGCGCGGGGUCUGCCGCGUGAAGAGCAGCGGCGACAACGACACGAGCCGCAAGAACGAGGAGGUGAUGACGCACUCCGGCCUCUGGCGAACCUGCUGUCUGGAAGGAACUUUCAGAGGUGUGUGUAAGAAGAUCGAUCACUUCCCAGAGGACGCUGACUAUGAAGCCGAUGCUGCUGAAUACCUCCUCCGUGCUGUGCGUGCCUCCAGUAUCUUCCCCAUCAUGAGUGUAGGUCUGCUGUUCCUCGGAGGGCUCUGUGUGGCCGCCAGCGAGUUUUACCGGAGCCGUCACAAUGUCAUCCUCAGUGCGGGAAUCUUCUUCGUCUCUGCAGGGCUCAGUAACAUCAUAGGAAUUAUUGUCUAUAUCUCAGCCAACUCGGGUGACCCGGGCCAGAGCGACAGCAAAAAGUCCUACUCCUACGGCUGGUCCUUCUACUUUGGCGCCCUCUCCUUCAUCAUGGCAGAAAUGGUGGGUGUUCUGGCCGUGCACAUGUUCAUCGAGAAGCACCGCAAGCUACGGGCCAAGUCCCGCACUGAGCUCAUUAAGAAGUCCGCCUUCAGCCGCAUCCCCUCUUACCGCUACCGCUUCCGACGCCGCUCCAGUGUUCGCUCUUCUGAAGCCCCCAGCCGCGACGCCUCACCCCUGGGGAAAGGCGGCUACACGGGGCCCGCCGCCUCCGAGAUGCCCAUGUACACGCUGAACCCACGCGAGGCAGGAAACGCUGGCACCAAAUCCGGUGGCGGCAUGGGUGGGCUGCUCAACUCAGAGAGGGAGUUCCUUCAGAGCAGCACACUCACUAAAGACUACAGCAAGGACCCCAACCGCAGGACCACGCCCGUGUGAGGGAGCGCUGGCUGCAGAUGUAUCGCCCAAUCAAAGUAUCAAAGAGAGGGAUGAUGUGAAACACAGGGGGAGUGCGAGUGAAAGCAGGGGACACAGGGUUACUGGGUGGGAAAAGGGGGUUUGCUAAACUUUGACUGCGAACUGUGAACUUUUAGCCUUCGAACUGUGAAUCCUGAGCCCUGUGAGAGUUUCAGUGCGUGUAGCAGGGUCGGUUUUGACGGAGAAGUUGUUCCCAACUCCACUUUACCACAUAUCACUGUAGUUAUACCUGUAAAUCCUUACAUAUGAAGGCACAUUCAAUUUAUGCUCAUAAAUUGACUCCCUGGCUUUUGAAACGGGAUUUAAAAUCAUAUCGUAAGUGGUUUGCUGUUUGGGGCAACUUCUCCUAAAAUAAUGUGAACUAAAGGAGAAGAGGAAAGAGGUCGAGAGACUCCGUGUGACCUUUUGACCUCUGUCCUCCUGACUUUUUUGGAUAGCAGCAGUUGGGAUUAGUGCAGGGAACAGCCGUCGAGCUCCGAGCUGUCUCUCUUGAGUACAUUGCUGUUUUAAAAGUGUGGAAGUUAACACCUCAGGAUCGGGGUUGAUUCACUUUCAGUUCGGCUGGAUUCAAAAAUAUCAAGUGAAGAUGCAGUUUGUCCAUUUAAUGGCAGCACAUUUGUGGCACUAGUUAUUAUUUUCUAGACAUAUUGUAUAUAAACUCCUUUCAUAUCGAUUGAUUGAUUUGACAGUGGAGAGGCUCACUUCAUAACCGGCCAAACUGAAAAUGAAUCGAGCUCAUUCCUGCCAACAUUUACCCCCAUCUCUCUGAUCCCCGGUCAGUUGUUAAACCUGCAUAGUGGUUGUUUUGAUGAAGUACACUGACUACAGAUCAGCUGUUGGGGGGGAAGAAUGGUGUGACUCAACAAAAACUAAUGAAUUUCUUUUAGAUGGUAAAGUUACAUCAUUGGUGCUUCCUUUGACCCCGGCCACACCAGUCAUCUCGAUUCUUUUCUUUUUUUUUCACCUUAAACUUAAAGAGAUGAUCAAAAUAUGUGUCUGUCUUCACUCGUCACCUCUCACCCUCCACAUUUUUCUGUGUAGCCCCAUGACUCACCUCACUGCCACACCUCCUCUCACCCUGUCUCUCUCUCUUUUAGGUCCUGUCUUCCGUUGGUGUUGCUCGUAUAGACUAGUUAGGUUUUCUGGAGGUUGUUGGUUCAGGGUACUGUGGAGAGGAGACCGCUGAGCUGUGAAUAUGCUUUAAGGCAGAGCCAAAAAGACAUUAAACAAACAGAUGGACUUUUUUUUCUUUCUUUUUUUAUUUGCCCACUACCUCUUUUAGAUGAAUUUAACAUAAAGCUGUCUUCUCUUGCCAGAGCAAUUGUCAAAAAAAAAAAAAAAAACUUUCAGCUGCAGAAAUAAACACUGAGAAAAUGCUCACUUCAGUCUAAAGUACACAUCUCUCUUCUCCAACGGAGGAUUUGUUGAAAGUUCAAGAUAAAAAGAUGGAAUUGGAGGAAGUCCCAUGCAUUAUUCAGAGGAUUUGUGCUCCAUGCAUCCAGCUGUCACUCACAGCCUCUCCCCCUCUUUUAUCUCCCUUACAUGUGAGCAUACUGUAUACACAAACGCCCCAAAAAACGUCUGCACAUCUCUCACAUGUCUCCUACAUACAGCUGACAGUCACAGCCCUAUUUUAUUUCAAACACCUGUUCAUCUUUUCCAUUUAUCUCCCUCUCUCCAGCGCUCUCUCAGAUAUUUAAACGUCAAAAAUGCUGAGCGGAUGGAUUUAACUCAAACUUGGCAGAUGUGAGUUGAGGUUAGGUCGUCGGCGCGCGCUCUCUGACAAAGUCGCUUUCCACUCGCGAACAUGACGGGCACACUCCUCUGCCUCGAUGAAGAGUCCUAAGUUGCGCAAGACAACACAGACAAAGGGUAAAAGGGCUCGUUUUUGAAUGGAAACAGCAAUGGAGGGUUUGAAUCCCCCGCAGUGAUCGGAUGAACUAGACAGCGUCAGACGAGAGACGCAGAUGAGGCUGGAUCAGUGUCGCGAGCCAGGCGUCCAUUCAGACGCAAAGCAAAUUUUGAGCAAAUUUUGACAGCCAUCCACGACUGUCAGUUGAUUAUCAGGAGCAUUGUCGUGGAGAUAACUGGAGGGCAGUUCGCCGGUCGCAAACCAUCAGUCAAAGCCCGUCAGUCAAACCAAAUGAGGUCGAAACGCGACGGAAAUGAAAUUUCUGUUGAAUGUUACAUCAGAUCUGCUGCUAUUUUUCUCUCUCCUCUCAGAUCGGAAACAGCUGAUCAGGCAUGUCAGUUAAACGUUCCCCAUGUCAGAACUUAGUUGAGAGAGGUGUGUCCAUCUUCCACAGAGUGCAUUAACUAUCUUCUUGAAUCAAGCAAAAAAAAAAAAAAAAAUGCGAGCGUACGUACGAACAAAAGAAACUUUUUUGCAAGAUUUAGGACGCUUUUUCUAAUGUUGGACAAGACAUCCACCCGAUGGCACUCAAAACUUUGUGAUCUGUUGCUAACUGUUGUACAACAUUGAGGAUAUUUAGCCUGCUACAACACAUACAAAGAGCCAAAUGGCAACAAGAGUGCAGGAGAGUGCUGGAGAUCGCAUUGUACCAUUUAUCAGCAACACCUGAUCACACAUACGUACGUAGAAGGGGGAGGGGUUGUGACGGAGUCAUCAGGAGGCUAUGUAGAGUUGUGGAGAGAGAGCGUGUGUAGCUAGUAUAAAUGUUAACAGCAUUUUUCUUUGUCUUUACCUCCCUAAGCCACCAUUGCACUGUUUUGUACAAACUAAACAUGACGCGUCACAACGCUGAUACCAGUCACACUCUGAGAGUUAUUACCCUGAUAAUAAAAAGAUGUUUUAACCCUCAGUCACACUGUUUAAUUGAUGACGCUGCUGUUUUAUCUGACGCCAUAUCGGGAGCUUAAAGGGACAAACGUGCAUCACCACGGACUUGCUCUUGCUGUCCUCCACAUGUAAAUAUUAAUUUUGCAAGCUUAACUACAACAUCAGCAGUUGUCACAGGAUGUGAAAGGGGGGGGCAAAAAAAAACUGCUUUUCUCAAAGCAAGGGCUUUUAAUUUUUAAAGGACAGGAGCACACAAGGGCUUUUUAUGCUCGGCGCUGUGGCGACGUCGUUUCAAGGGUGUCGCAUAGGAAGGAAAGGCAAAGUACAUUUGCACAAGAGGAACCGUUUUAAAAACCAGCUGAGUAGCUAACUGAGUAUAUAACACGCUUCUUGCUAAAGAGGAGCCAAGGUAGAGUAAACGCAAUGACUGUACUCUCCUACUUGUGUUAGCAACAGGUUAGCCUUUAGCUGCUUUUUUUUGUUGUUGUUGCUAACUUUAGCUUACAUGGGUGACUUUCUGAAGUAAUUAGAGGUGAAGAACAUUGCCUUAAGCAGAGGUAGGAUCAUUUUUUAUUAAAGGAGAAUUAUUUAAGUUAGCUUAAGGAUCAAACAUAUAUGAGCAAAAUAUUGUUAAUCAUACUUGGUGCCAAAUAUUACUCAAAAUGUUUCCUGUAUAUCCUGGCCUCCAGGUUAGCUUUAGACUCACCGCUCUAAGUACUCUUUUUUGCAUAGGAUUUCCUGCAGUAUACCGACUCAGCAGUAGUAGCUAUGUAGCUCAGCACAUCAGAGGCCCCCCUCGGAUCCUGAGGGUCCGCAAGGGGGUCAGGGUUCAGAACCGCAUCCAUGAGCCAUGUCAGCAUUGACCUUUCAAAACCAUGCAUGCCAUAUCCAUCCGCUUCCAGUGCUCACAUUCGCUAUAUCUCUAAUGGAGUCUCAAAUGGCACCCUAAUCUCUAUACCCCGUAGGGACACCGGACUGCUACACUUAAGACGCCUUACAAGGGUGUGUGGACCCGUAAGCCUGUGCUGUGUUUAAUGAUGUUUACUCCAAUAGAGCGCAGGGUGCUUUUUGAGACCAAAAUUCUGUCUAUCUCUUCUUACCGCCAUACAGCUUUGAUACUCUGAUAUCAACAACAAAUAAUUGUAUUAUUAGUAAAGAAAAAGAAAAAAAAAUGAUUCUACUCUAAAGGUGCCACUGUGCAGAGGAUGACAAACUCUGACACAUAUUAUAGUUAUUAAUCUAUUAAAGGGGGGUUUGAUCGAAGGGGAGCAGAGUUGGGAAAGCAGGGGUCGUAGUCUUUGUAAUAUUAUAUUAUUCUAGUUUCAUUUUCUACUUUGAUGUGGUUUGUGAGAUUGUGUUGUUUUGAUCACAUCUGAAGCCUCUGACAGGAGGAGGGCGAAGAGACAGUGGAGCGCUCGGAGGAUCUCUCGUGGACAUUCACCUCACCUCACUGGUGCCAGAGGUCACUUUACAGUUUGUCAGCGGGACACUCAACACUGAAAGUGCAUCACACACACACACACACACAUACAAACACACACACACAUACAUACUUUCCACUGCAGUUCUGAGGACUUAUAGACCCUGUGCACGACGGUUAAAAUUGACCUGCAACAGGGGCUGAAUGCAAUCCAAUACGGCAGUCCGUUAAAGGGGCACUACGUAGUGUUGGAGAAGAAAUUCAAAUUUUAAUAUUUAUAAUAUUAAUGAGGUAAUGACACAAACUCAGAAAUA